AUGGCCCCAAUUCUCUAUAUUCGUCAACACCUGAAGAAGCUUCGGUCGCUGGUCCUCAAAGGGAAUUCUUUCGGUGUGGACGAAGAUCAUUAUGAAAGUUUUUCCGUUGCUCAUCUGGAAUCCCUGCUUUUCCUCGAUUAUCGGCUCAUUUCUGAGAAGCAGAGAUGCCAUGCUGCUGAGGUUCACAAGAUCUCGGUGGAAAAAUUGGAGGUGGAAGAGAGGAAGGAGAGGGAGAAAGGGGGGAAGGAACAGCGGGAGCGAGAGGAACGCGUCAAGGACGCCGAGGCAUUCGUGGAUGGCAUCAGCGAGUUCCCUCUGGGUCUCCACGAAAAGAGAGCCAUGUACAUCCAACCUCUUUCAACAGAAUCUGCCUUCAUCGGUGAUCUCGAAGUGGCGAAGAGGCAGUGCGAAACGAUGAGAGUGUGGGGAAGGGAAAGGCACGGGAUCCACGAGUCCCUCAUUGAGGAUUUGCGACGAUGCGCAGAGAAAGCAGACCGAGACUGCAUCGAACAAGCUUCUCUCCACGUGAAUCAAUUCCUGUUAGAACGGGAUCGGAUGUUUGCCCAGGUGGAUGAAUACAUGAAAAAAGAAGCAGAAGGAGAACUCUCAAUUCACUUUCCUCCAGAUCUCAAUGAACUAUUCACUUCCCUCAAUCAACUCAAGAAUCUCCUCGUUGGAAUGGAAGUUCAUCUCACGGAUCAACUGGAGGAAAUUAUUGAAAAUUUUGAAGUGGAUUUCAAUUCCCUGCUGGAAGAGACUAGAGAUAGAAUGCAAGAACAUUUUCAAGACCUCAUGUCCAAGGCUGAAGAAUUCAACAAGUCACUUAAGGAACUUGAGGAAGGCUAUCAAAUUCUGUUAACGGUUGAUCUUGACAACAUUGAGUACCAGGAAGGGAUGUACCAACAGCGGCUCAGCCACAAACAAGACAGCACUGUCAGAAACUUCCAAAGGGUAGGCAACAUGCCAAAAAAGAGAACUGUUUGCAAGUGUUUGCAUUUCCCAUAUGACAGCAUCUGUUUCCAGAUUGGCUACGAACCCAAACAGGUGUACUCGGUGAAGGAAGCAAACCUAUUGUGUGGAGGAAAAAGAGAGACAUGGGAAGUGAUAAUGGGAGAGAUCAUGGGCUCAGCCAGCUUUCUGCACAUGGGAGACAUUGUGUCCCUGUUUGCUGAAGGUGGUGUCAAUGGAUUUAUCAGCACUCUUGGUCUGGUAGAUGACCGAGUGGUUGUUCAUCCUGAAGCAGGGGAUUUGAAAUGUCCACCAAAGAAGUUUCGAGAUUGCCUCUUCCAGAUGUGUCCCAUGAACAGAUAUUCUGCUCAGAAGCAAUUUUGGAAAGCUGCAAAGCAAAGUGCCACAUCUACAACUGAUGCUGUCCUCCUGAAAAGACUACAUCAUGCUGCAGAAAUUGAGAAGAAGCAGAAUGAUUCUGAAAAUAAGAAGGUAUUGGGCUCAGUAAUUCAAUAUGGGAGUGUUAUUCAGCUGUUACAUCUGAAAUCCAAUAAGUAUCUCACUGUGAAUAAGCGUCUUCCAGCACUCCUGGAGAAGAAUGCUAUGCGAGUCUACUUGGAUUCAGCUGGGAAUGAAGGGUCCUGGUUCUAUAUAAUGCCCUUUUAUAAGCUCCGAGCAACUGGUGACAAUGUUGUGGUUGGGGACAAAGUCAUUCUGAGUCCAGUGAAUGCUGGGCAGCAGAACCUUCAUGCUGCACCCAAUUAUGAACUGUCUGAUAAUCCAGGUUGCAAAGAGGUGAAUGCAGUGAACUCCACCACAUGUUGGAAGAUAGUACUCUUUCUGGAGAACAGUGAUAAUGCAGAGGAUGUCCUGAAAGGCGGAGAUGUUGUGCGUCUCUUUCAUGCUGAGCAGGAAAAGUUUCUCACAAUGGAUGAAUAUAAAAAGUCUCAGUAUGUGUUCCUGAGAACUACAGCUAGAGCUGCUGCAACAUCAGCUACUUCUAGCAAGGCUUUGUGGGAAGUUGAGGUGGUCCAGCAUGAUCCUUGUAGAGGAGGGGCAGGACAUUGGAAUUCUUUGUUUCGUUUUAAGCACCUUGCGACUGGACAGUAUUUGGCAGCUGAAGUGGAUGAAGACCCUGCCUUGGAUUCCAUGAGAACCAAACUGAAAGGUGACUUCCCAGUUUAUCAGCUUGUUGCCAUUCCUCACUCAAAUGACAUUGCCAGUAUUUUUGAACUGGAUCCAACCACCAUCACCAGAUGUGAUUCCUUUGUUCCUCGGUCAGCUUAUGUCAGACUUAAGCAUCUUUGUACCAACACUUGGGUUCACAGUACUUCAAUUCCCAUUGACAAAGAGGAGGAGAAACCAGUCAUGUCGAAGGUGGGUUCUGCAUUAAUAAAGGAAGACAAGGAGGCAUUUGCCAUAGUCCCUGUCACAGCACAAGAAGUGCGAGACUUGGAUUUUGCCAAUGAUGCUUGCAAGGUUUUGGAGAAUAUGGCUAAUAAGCUUGAAACAGGAACUGUGGUGCAGAAUGAUCGAAGUAGGCCUAUUGCUCAAGAUUUUUCUCUGUUUGAUAGGUCAGUAACACAGCUGCUCCAAGAUUUGAUAUACUUCAUUGGAGGAGCAGAGGGAGAGCAGAAUCGAAGUGAUGCCUUGGACUUCAUUGUAAAAAAUCCAAAUCGAGACAGACAGAAACUGCUCCGUGAACAGUACAUCCUUAAGCAGAUCUUUCGUUGCCUACAGGCUCCCUUCAUGGAGCCAGAGGACAAAAGCAGGCUUGGUCCCAUGUUGAGAAUAGAAGAAUUGAGUGAUUCUCAUCAUGCUCCCUAUCGCUACAUGUUUCGCCUGUGCUACCGUAACCUUCGACUCAGUCAACAGGACUACCGCAAGAACCAGGAAUACAUUGCGAAACACUUUGGCUUCAUGCAGAAACAGAUUGGAUAUGAUAUCCUGGCUGAAGAUACCAUCACAGCACUUUUACACAAUAAUCGCAAACUGUUGGAGAAGCACAUCACAGGGGCAGAGAUAGAGACAUUUGUGGGGUUGGUGAGGGCCAAUCAGCGUAGCUGGGCCUCCCGCUUCCUUGACUAUCUCUCUGACUUGUGCAUCAGCAACAAUCAGGCCAUACCUGUAACUCAGGAACUCAUCUGCAAGAGUGUCCUCAGCCAGGCCAAUGCUGACAUCUUGAUAGAAACACGGAUGAUUCGCACCCAAGAAGAGGUGGAAGUGGAAGUUGAGAGUGUAGAGGGGCACCUGGAACCUUUGAUCACCAUUGAGGAAAAUGAGGAAGUUGUUCUCUUCUGGGAAAAUGGACAGGUGGGCAAAUGCUUUCAUUGUCAGAAUGAUAUCAAGAGCAUUCAUGGAAAUGAAAUUGGUCAAUCAAAGUCCAUACUGGAGCUUGCAAGUGGGGCAGAGGCAGGUGAUGCUGAGGACAGGGCUAUCUUGGACUACUAUCGUCACCAGCUGGACCUCUUCUCAAACAUGUGCCUGGAUCGACAGUAUUUGGCCAUCAACAACCUUUCUGAUUACUUGGACAUUGAUCUCAUUCUCAAGUGCAUGGCAGAUGAGCAUUUGCCAUUUGAGCUCCGGGCCUCUUUCUGUCGACUCAUGCUGCACAUGCAUGUGGACCGGGAUCCACAAGAACAGGUCACCCCUGUCAAAUAUGCCCGACUUUGGUCUGAGAUCCCCACCAAGCUAUCUAUUCAUGACUACGACAGGAACAAAACACCUGAUUCCCACAAGGAAGCUGUACAGGCAAGGUUCUGUUCAACCAUCAUGUUUGUCGAGGACUAUCUCUGCAAUGUAGUGGCUAAGAUGUGGAGCUUCUCUGACCCAGAGCAGAAUAAACUCACUUAUGAAGUGGUGAAGUUGGCUAGGGAAUUGAUCUACUUUGGCUUCUACAGCUUCAGUGAUCUCUUGCGACUUACCAAAACACUGUUACGAAUUCUUGAUUGUGCCUGCGAGUCUGAGCUCUUCAACUUGAAAUCAGGACGAGCCAAGUCAGGUGUGGUGAAGACCAUUCAUGAGAUGGGUGCUUUAAUGAGCAGUGUCGCUCUUGGUGCUACUGGGAUGCGGAAAACUCCAACUCCACCCACCAAAGCAUCUUCCAGCAAGACUGAGGAUAUUCUUGUCAUGGACACCCGACUCAAAAUCAUUGAGAUCCUACAGUUCAUCCUGAAUGUGAGGCUGGACUAUCGCAUCAGCAGCCUUCUGUCCAUCUUCAAGCGAGAGUUUUCAGAGUCUGAAAGGAGCAGUCAGACUACAAAUGCAACCUCUCAAGUCUUAUCUGAUUCAAUGCCUGAGAAAGGGAUUGAUUUGGAGAUCAUUGGCACCCAGGCUGAAGGAAUAUUUGGAGAAAACAAGCUUUUAGCUACAUUGAAGUCUCUGAUGCUAUUCAGUGGAGAUACAAUUGACUUGGAUCUUGAUGGAGAUGGAGGGAGGACCUUCCUCCGAGUUCUUCUGCAUUUGACCAUGCAUGAAAACCAGCCAGUUGUGUCUGGGGCCCUGCACCUUCUCUUUCGUCACUUCAGUCAACGACAGGAAGUCUUGCAGGCAUUUCGACAGGUUCAGCUGCUUGUAUCAGACCAAGAUGUGGAGUCUUACAAACAGAUCAAGGUUGACCUGGAUGAGCUGCGUCUACUGGUUGAGAAGUCAGAAUUGUGGGUGUACAAGUGCAAGUUGUUUGAGGAGCAUGCCACAAGUAAAAAACGGAAGAAACGGGAGAGUCUUGAUGAUGGGCAUCCAAAGGGGAAGAAGUUCCCACCUGCGCUUCUCAGUCCUUCUGACAAGCAAGGAUCUGCUAUUGACCUGGAUCUUGGUCCCCCAAUAGAACCCUCACAAGCUCGCAACUACAAGACGAUACAACAGGUCCUGAUUCGCAUGCAUGCACUGUGUGCUACCAAGUCAUCUACAGGGCAGCUAAAGCCAAGGCGUCAUGAGCAGCGUCUCCUGAGGAACAUGGGAGUGCAUUCAGCUGCCCUAGAUCUUCUCCGCAUCCCUUAUGAAAAGAAGGAGGAUGUUCGCAUGAAGGAACUCAUGCGGUUAGCCCAUCAGUUCCUCCAGGGCUUUUGUCUGGGGAAUCCACAGAAUCAGUCUCUACUCCACAAGCAUAUUGAACUCUUUCUCAAUCCAGGGCUUUUGGAGGCUCAGACCAUGUGCACAAUCUUCAUGGACAAUCAGGCACUGUGCAGUGAGGUCAGCGAUAGGGUCAUCACUCACUUUGUCCACUGCAUAGAAACCCAUGGUCGACAUGUUCAGUACCUCAAGUUUCUCCAGACUAUAGUCUGGGCUGAUGGACAGUUCAUCAGACGCUGUCAGGACAUGGUCAUGCAGGAGCUGGUGAAUGCUGGAGAAGAGGUCCUCGUCUUCUACAAUGACAAGACAUCAUUCAAUCAAUUUCUGGAACUGAUGCGUUCAGAAAGCCAUCGACAUGAUGAGAGCAGCCCUCUUCAGUAUCAUAUUGAAUUGGUGAAGCUUCUUGCUCUAUGCACUGGUGGAAAGAAUGUCUUCACUGAGAUCAAGUGCCAUAGUCUCCUUCCCCUGGAUGACAUUGUCACAAUUGUCUCUCACCGUGACUGCAUUUCUGAGGUCACACAACCAACUCUCAAAAUUGCCAUUACUAAUUUAAACUUCCAGUAUUCAGUGAAGGAGGCUUACAUAAAUUUCCUGAACCACUGCUAUAUUGACACGGAGGUGGAGAUGAAGGAGAUCUACACAUCCUAUCAUAUGUGGCGUCUCUUUGAAGAAUCCUUCCUGGUUGACAUGGCCAUGGUGUCAACAGCUCCACAUGACCGCAAGCAUGCUGAUACUUCUCUCGAGGCUUAUGUCACAAAUUCAGUCAUGAAUGUCAUCUCAACUUUCUUCAGCAGUCCCUAUUCAGACCAGAGCACUACUGUUCAGACUCGACAGCCUGUUUUUGUGAAGCUGCUCCAGUCCACUUUCAGACUUUCACAGUGUACCUGGCUCUCUGCUUCCCAACGCUUCAAUGUGGAGAACUGUAUUCGUACACUUUCUGAUGUUGCAAAAAAUCGAGGGAUAGCCAUUCCAACAGACCUUGAUGGUCAGGUACAGGCCAUGUUUGACAAGGUUGCCAUGAUUUCUCGUCAGACCAACAAGUGGCUACAAGCUGCUCGCCUGCCCAAGAGAGAUGGACCCAUCUCUCCCCUGUCAACUGCAUCUCCUCCUCCUCCUCAGCUGGUGCGUAGUGAUCGUAGUGUGAUCGAGGGUCUGCAUGAUAUUGUGUCCUUGUUAGAAGAUCAGCUGAAGCCUCUGGUUGAAGCAGAGUCCAGCGUUUUGGUUGACAUCCUUUAUCGCCCUGAGUGCCUCUUCCAUCAAGACUCAGAAGUGAGAAAGAAGUGUGAGAAGGAAGGCUUCAUUGGACGCCUCAUUCGUCACACUGAACAGCUGUUGGAUGAGCAUGAGGAGCGACUUUGCAUUCGGGUUCUUGUCACUCUACGAGACAUGAUGGCAUUUGACAUGGAUUAUGGUGAAAAAGGUGAUGUCCUAAGAAGCAGCCUCCUUACCCGGUACCUGGGCCAAAUCCAUCAAGACCCUAAGUCAGACCUCUGUCAGCCCUUGUUCCCUUCAUCAAACUGCAUCAAAAUCCAGAACAAUCUUGCUCUUGCUCGUGGUCCAGGUGGAAUUCUCCUCCGCCGAGCAGGUCGAACUUUGUCAGAAGUGCAGUGCCAUCUGAAUAAUGAAGGUGCAUCUGAACUUCUUGUCCAGCUCAUAAUCAGGUCCCAAGAAUCCCCAAGUGUGUUUGCUGAGUCUGUGGCAUUGGGGAUUGCUCUCCUUGAAGGUGGAAACCCUGUCAUCCAGGCUUCACUCAAGAGGAAACUAUUGGAGGGUGAUAUCUCUCAAAGCUUUUUCAAGGUGUUUUAUGACAAAAUGCAGGAAGCACAGAAUGUGAUCAAGGCAACAGUGAGUGUGAACACUUCAGAUAUCACCUCCAAGGCUCUGGAAGAAAAGGAUCCUGUUAAAGACUAUGAUCGGAUAUCCAAACGAGGUUCCUCUAAGCCCAAUGGAUUUCUCAUCACUGAUGAGAUGAGAGAAGAGCUGACUAAUGCAGCCAUGUCCACAGCACAGGCCUAUCUAGCUGUGCGAAAUUCAUCAUCCAACACAGGUGAUGAAGGACAGCUUUCACUAGUUUCAACAAGCUCUGCCCUAGAGGAUAUGCUGGCAGAGAGACAGGAGCGGCAGCAAAGAGAUCGCUCUGAAAAUGUCUUCAGCCCUAAGGUCCUUGUCAUGCAGCCUAUCCUGCGGUUCCUUCAGCUCCUCUGUGAGAAUCACAAUUCAGAAAUGCAGAACUUUUUGCGCUGUCAAAACAACAAGACGAAUUACAAUCUGGUGUCAGAGACACUGAUGUUCCUGGACUGCAUCUGUGGGUCCACAACAGGUGGACUGGGUCUCCUGGGUCUCUACAUCAAUGAAAAUAACUUCUCCCUCAUCAAUCAGACUUUGGAGACCCUUGUUGAAUACUGCCAGGGCCCAUGUCAUGAGAACCAGAACUGUAUUGCCAUGCAUGAAUCCAAUGGCCUGGACAUCAUUACUGCCCUGAUUCUGAAUGAUAUCAACCCACUGGGUCGCACCCGCAUGGACCUUGUCCUGGAUCUGAAGAACUCUGCUUCCAAGCUUCUUCUUGCCAUCAUGGAGAGCCGGGCUGAUUCAGAGAAUGCUGACAGGAUCCUAUCAAAUAUGAACCCUCGUCAGCUGCUGGAAGUGGCUUGCCGUGCAUACCAUCAGGAAGCUGUGGAUGCUGAGAGUGAGGUGGAUGAUGAUGGUACAGAUGGGGAUGAAGGAGUCUCUCCCAGAGAGCUAUUUGCUGGCAUCAUGACAGACCUCUCUGGGAGAGACUCCUUCAUCCCCAUCUGUACCAUCAUCAUCCACCUCACUCUCAGCAUCCACAGCUUCCUGAUGGUGGGCCACAAUAUCUACAUUCUAUGCCAUCAGCUGGCACAACAUAACAAGGACCUUGCCACAAUGCUUCACCCACCUGAGGAGGCUACUGAGGGGAAGAUGGCUCUGGCCCUGCAGUACUAUGCAAGUCAUACUGCACAGAUUGAAAUUGUGCGUCAUGACCGGACCAUGGAGCAGAUUGUGUUUCCGAUUCCAGAGAUUUGUGAGUACUUAACCAAAGAGACCAAGGUGAAAGUAUUUCACACUGCUGAGCGAGAUGACCAGGGCUCCAAAGUCACAGAUUUCUUUGACCGUUCUGAGGACCUGUACAAAGAAAUGACAUGGCAGAAAAACCUACGAGCUCAACCUUUAUUGUUCUGGGUAAGCAGCUACAUGUCACUCUGGAGUCACAUCCUGUUCAACUUUGCCGUCCUCAUCAACCUCAUCAUGGCCUUCUUCUAUCCCUUCACUGCUUCAUUACCAAGAUUGAGCCAGUCAUUUUCGGGCUUGGUGUGGGCUCUCAUCCUGAUCUCAGCUGCAAUGGUCAUGGCUGUGCCCAGAGCCUCUGGCAUCCGCACUCUCAUUGCAUCUGUCAUCGUUCGCCUUAUAUUCUCUCUUGGUCCAGAGCCAUCACUCGCUCUCCUUGGAGUUAUCAAUGUAGUGGUAAAGAUGAUCCACUUGGUGAGCAUCAUGGGGAAUCAGGGGAUGUUCGGUCGUGAGGUCCCACAACUUCUGAAGGACUUUGAACUUAUGUAUCACAUGUCCUAUCUGGUGUUCUGCAUCCUUGGCCUCCUUGUCCAUCCUUUCCUAUACUCAGUACUUCUUUUUGAUGUGGUGUACCGAGAGGAGACCCUAUUGAAUGUGAUUCGGUCUGUGACUCGCAAUGGGCGAAGUAUCAUCCUCACGGCCAUCCUUGCAUUGAUCCUUGUUUAUCUCUUCUCCAUCAUUGGGUACAUAUUUUUCCGUGAGGAUUUCCUACUGCAAGUUGAUGAGCACCCAGAAUUCAACAAAGUCCAUGUACAAGAGGAGCAGAGUUCUGGUUCUACUAACACAAAGCUCCCAUUUUACUCUGAGGUUCUGUACCGAUACUCCAGAGAAGCUAAUGAAGGACCUCUUGUUGGGAACUCUGCACUUCCACCAAACCCAAAUCUGGUAGAGAUAUCAGGUGAGGUGAAGGAGCGUUCCUGUGAGUCCUUGGCAAUGUGCAUUGUCACAUCUAUGAACCAGGGCCUACGAAAUGGAGGUGGGAUUGGGGAUGUCCUACGAAAUCCCAGCAGUACUGAACCACUGUUUGUGGCACGUGUGAUCUAUGAUCUCCUCUUUUACUUUGUUGUCAUCAUCAUCGUCCUGAACCUCAUCUUCGGUGUCAUCAUUGACACCUUUGCAGAUCUGAGGAGUGAAAAGCAACAAAAGGAGGAGAUCCUCAAAAACACCUGCUUCAUCUGUGGGCUGGAUCGAUCAUCAUUUGACAAUAAAAGUGUGAGCUUUGAAGAACAUGUGAGCAGUGAGCAUAAUAUGUGGCACUACCUGUACUUCAUCAUUCUUGUGCGUGUCAAGGAUCCCACCGAAUUCACUGGCCCUGAGUCCUACGUCUAUGAGCUCAUCAAGGAGAAGAAUCUGGAUUGGUUCCCACGCAUGCGUGCCAUGUCUCUGUCUCCGAGUGAUGGAGAAGGUGAAGCCAAUGAUAUGAGGACACUGCAGGCUCAACUAGAGGCCACUCAGUCCCUCAUCAGUCAUCUGUCCAAUCAGCUUGAUGAACUGAGGCAUCAGGAAAGAAAAGUUGAGUUGACUCAGAAUCGAAGAAGCCUGUUCCAAGCUAUGGCUGUCCUCCAGAAUUUCCAGCCUGAGGUCAGACAGCAUUUCACUACCCACUCCCUUCCACCUGGAUUGACUUGA